AUGACUUCUCUGGAUCCAUCUUGGCAGAUUAAUUGGGGAGGCUUGAAUCCUACGGAAUGGGGACAUGCAGCCUUAAUGGAUCGUUACCGACAGGAAACCCGCAACGAACUAAGGCUUGAUAAACGUAAUACGCUUCUAAAUGGCGAGAGUCUAAUUUGUGGUGGUUAUUUCUACGACUCAGUAUACUCGUUUUCAAGAGGCCCUGAUGCAACAGAAACAGGACUCAAAACGCAAGCAUACAGCUGGGCUAUAUCACGAGAACCGUUCCCUGAGCAUCCUCCUAUCCGGCAUGCCGCAUUGUUCCAUCCAGCAGCUUUCAUAACUCUUUUGUGGCGUCAGUUGACAUUUUUAGAGCAUAAGCAUGUGCUCAUGCGCAACCAAGUUGGCCCUAAAUUCGGAGCCCGUUUCCUCUCUUAUAUAAUCACCACGGACAAUGACGACGAAUAUUUGUUGGCUACAUUUCUCAGCGAUUCUCCCGAAGCUCUUGCAGACUUGCAGGAAUGCAGAGCAAGAAUGAGCUGGCAUAGAGACACACUUAUGGUCCCGACACCAGACGGCGAACUCAGCCUCUUCCAGCAUGCUGAAAGGUUCUUAGGAAUGGAAAAUAGGCCGUUUCUGUGGCAAAAAGCUAGCCAGAUGAAUUACCCGCCACAUUUGCGAGAGAAGGCUGUGUUGGUGAUUCUGCAAUCUAUCGAGGCUUUAACUAACGGCCUGCGUAUCCUCGAUCACUAUUGUAUGGGGAUCAUUGCUACGUCAACAGGCGCAGUUCUUCUCUCACGGGGUCACGUAGAGAAAGAAGAUAUUAUAUGUAAUAUGCAUGGUUAUGACUGUAUUCUGGUUCUGAGAGAAUGGUUGGGUGGCUUUCGAUACGUAGGAGAAACUUCGAAGAUGGUUGGGCGUGGUUAUUGUUGGGAUGAAGGAUUUCGACAAAUCAUUGGCAAUGACGCAUCGGCCGGAUGCAAAGAGUCUCAGAGUCCCAGCGAUGAUGAGGAAGCUGGAGAGUACAAGGAGCGGAGGUUCAAGAUAUUGUGA